AUGGCAAACGCAGCGGAUAGUCAGCCUUUCUUCGAGCAACAUGCUCGCAAGAUCGGGAUGGAGCAGCAACUCUUGGACAAAUUCAUAGCUGGAGGGGUCAAGACGGUGUCCAUGGCAGCCUAUGCCGCCACUCAACCGGGUCAACCUCUCACAGACAGGGAGGUCUCCACUCUAUGUACGAGUCUGGGGCAGAACAACCCCACUCUUGCACAAAUGACGGUCGUCAAGAGGCUCCUGUUCGAGUGCCAGACCAUGAGUCUGGCAAACUUGAAGGCCACCGUGGAACAGCAGCCGGACUCAGUUCUACGUAAGCUGCCAGGAGCUGAGAGAGCCCAGCGCCUGGAAUUGCAGGCUCAAAGGCUGGGCGGACUCUCGAUUGAGCAUGACUUGCAGCCCGCCUUUUCAGUCUAUGAUGCUGUGUCGACACAGGUAGAGCAAGGGUCGCUGAAAUACCUUCACCCGAGCAAGAUCCCCACGCGUCGCCAGGAAUUGGCGCAAGGCAAGCCAGCCAAGGAACUUGUGUUGGACGCUUCGGGGGACGGCCUCUCGGUUCAGGACAAAUCCUCUAAAGUCGAGGCCCAGUUAGGGUCAGACAUGGCGACUUACAGGGCGUUGCAAAGAAGGGGUCUGGCCUACGACCUCGUUGGAGUUUUGAGUUUCAAGGUGCACAAGAAAUGGCUUCAGAAGGCCUUUGCUACCUUGCAGACCCCAGCGCCCCCAGGCUUCAACCGUCCGACGCUGCAGCAGGUCCUGCGAGCAGAUCGGGCCUUGUGGAUGGAGCUUGGCAGCAAACAGCCGACCCUGACAAGGGCAGCGGCGAACGCGCCGCUCGCGGACGCCCGGUGCUUAGAUCAAGUCUUCCUGGAAGCCACCAACACGGUUGCAGUCAAUUUUCACUUCAUGCUGACACCUCGUGCGGAAGGGUUCACAGAUAAAGGCGGCAAAGGCGCGGGCAAGGGCCCCAAGCGUUGGGGCGAUGGAAAGGGGUAUGGGCAAUGGAAAUAUCAGAGGACCGACAAAGGGGACAAGGGCCAGGGAGGCAAAUCAGGUUUCAAGGGAGCCCGCCUCCCCACGAAGGGCAAAUUAAAGGGCGGCUUUCCGAAUAAGUCCCUCGUCUUGCAAGGAGGCAAGGGUGAGACCCCCAUGCCGGCCGCCUUGCGAGGCGGCGUGCCGAACGACGAGCAUGGAGAUCCUCUUUGUUUUGGCUUCAACCUAGGGACGUCGAAUGACAGCGCUUCCGCGCUGGACCAGGCGUCCCGCGCUGCUCCGACUGCGCGUCGCGCACAAGCGUGCGCGGAGAGAGCGGCAACAGCCAUUUUUGUGAACAAGACAAUUUUCCCGGACAGGCCCAAAGAGAGCUGCAAGGAGUUGCAUCCUGCUGCUGUUGCAAAAGGGCAAGAGAAUCAGCCCCCGCUCCAACGGGCGGCUGAACCAAUCCCACAGUUUUCCAAGCCUUCCUCUGAGGCCUACGCAUUUCCACCUCAGGCGAGUCAUUCUGGCGCGCAGAGGUCUGGACAAGCGCAAUGUACUGCGCCCCAGACCAUACAGGAGUGUUGGGUUUUGGAGAUUUUCGCAGGGUCAGCCGGGAUUACCUCGGCGGCUGCUUCAGCCGGCCUCAGGCGGUCGGUCGGAGUGGAUAACGUUCGCAUGCCGAGGCGCAAGGGCAAGAUAAUACAGCUGGACUUGCUCCUGCUGUCGCACCAAGGUCUGCUGUGGAAAUGGCUGGGCUCCCCAGGACUGGCAGCCGUAUGGCUGGCGCCGCCCUGCGGCACAUCCAGCAGGGCCAAGGAAAUCCCGCUUCCGUGGGAGGACAAGCCGCAUCCCUUGAGGUCAGUGGAGUACCCGGAAGGGCUUCCAGGCCUUGGCCCAAGUGAUGCAGAAAGGGUGGCAAAGGCUAACGAGCUUUACCGGCUCACGGCCCGAAUCUGGGACUUCUGCUGCGAAAAUGGCAUUGUGGUAAUCAUAGAGAACCCCUAUCGCAGUUUCUUCUGGCAUUGCAGCGCCAUUGAACACAUCCUGAGGAGUGAACAGGCGAUCGUGGUCCAGUGCGACUUUUGCAUGAUGGGAGGUUCGAGAUUAAAGCGGACGGCCUUGCUGUGUAACAACGACCUCAUCACAGGCCUGGCUGUCACGUGUGAUGGAUCCCAUGAGCAUCCCUGGGACGUGCAUGAGGAAGUUCUCGCAACAAAGCUUGAGAGCGCGUACCCGCACCAGUUUUGUAAGCACUUCGUUUCCCUGCUGUUGCAGCAUCUGACACAGAAGGGUUGUCGGGAUGGCCUUAAUCUCUUGGAGGGAGAUCCCGCAAACUCCUCAGGAGCCAGGGUGGUAACGACACAGGCGAAGACCAAAAAGGCUGCAUCUUUUCAGGUCAUCACCGAAUUCUGCCGACGAACCAGAUGGACAGUGCCCGGCCAAGUCCGCAGCACUCUCCAAACUACACAGUGGUUGGGACCGGCCAAGAUCCCGGGCUUCAAGGCGCCAGGAGCCCCGGCGUUGAGAGUGACACCCCUACUGUCUUCUGCGACGGACGUUCUGGUGGAGGUCCCGUGGAACCCACAGGAAUUUGUGGCGAAAGCCCGACUGGCCGGCCACCCCCGACACCUGUGCCUCGGGGUGCCACCCGCCCUCAGGAAGGCAAUUUUGGCGUGCUCUAAACAGCCCGCAGCCAAGGUGAUUGAGACUCGAGCCGCGCAGUCACGAAGAUGGCUCCAGCGAGCCCAGGAGCUGCAGCUAGCCGAAAACGACUUCAAAGCCAAGCUGCCCGAGCUCUUCAAGGAGAUGCUAGAAGCGUCCCACUACGCCGACAAGGCAGUGGCAGACGACCUGGCACAGGGUUUCGAUCUUGUAGGGCAUUUGGACCUCCCGGCAGGCUGGUCCACCGACUUUCGUCCAGCAUUCCUUUCCCUGAAGGACCUGUCCCAAUUGACGCAGGAGACCAACCACCAGGUCAUCAAGGAAGUUGAGGACUCAUCUCAGUUUCUUGAAGAACUGUGGCAGAAAAGUCUCGAUGAAGUAUCGAAAGGCUGGUCGGAAGGACCGUUCCGAGAACAGGACCUGCCACAAGGAGCUGUAAUCAGCAAACGUUUUGCAAUCCAGCAAGGGAGCAAGGUGAGGCCGAUCGACGACCUGUCCCAGAGCCACAUCAACGAGGCAUUUGGGAGUAUGGGGAAGAUCGAGUUGCAUGAUGUCGAGACAAUUGCAGCCUCAGCCAUCUUGUUCCUGAGGCACGCAGGACAAGGACUGCUUGGGAAAACCAUUGACCUGAAAUCAGCAUAUAGGCAGCUGCCACUGUCCGAAGAGGCACUCAACAUGGCCUAUGUGGCUGUCAAGGACCCCAGCUCGGGGGAGGUUCGCUUCUUCAGGCUUCUUUGCCUUCCAUUUGGAGCCGUGGCGGCGGUCCACGCGUUCAUCAGGGUCAGCUUGGCUAUUUGUCAUAUAGGAAACACGUUUUGGCACUUGCCUUGGAGCUCGUUUUUCGAUGACUUCACGCUGUUGUCCACACGACAGCUGGCCCCUAGCGCAGAGGCCAGUGCAUGUUUUCUGCUAGACUUGCUCGGCUUUGAGUUUUAUGUCAGGAGACGGAACCAAGCCUCCCUUUGCGCAGCACUGCAGGGGCUACGACAUUACAUAGCCGAAGCGUCGCCGAGGACGGUGCGAGCCCAGACCUCAGAGACGGUGUAUGCUUUUACGGACGCCUCGCAAGAAGGACUCCAAGGCCUCGAAAUGGGUCUGGGAGCAGUCCUGUUUAAUCAGGAGGGGCAAAUCCUGUGCUGGUUUGGCAUUGUGUUGCCGCAUGACCUUGCUGAGAAACUCAUGCAAGGAAAGUCCAAAGUCAUCAACGAGCUCGAGAGCAUAGCUGUUCUCCUGCUCUUCAUUCUAGCCCGAGAAUUUCUCCGGGGAAAACACGUGAUGUGCUACUUAGACAAUGAAGCGGCGCGCAUAACGCUCCUCAAGCUGACCAGCGAUUCAGAGGCCUUGACCCUCUUGAGCAAUGCUUGCGCAUUGUUGGAACAGGAGCUCGAGAUGAUUCCGUUCUACGCUCGGGUACCGAGCAAAUCCAACGUGGCGGAUGCCCCAUCCCGCCUUGACUUCACAGGGUUGCCACACAAUUGCAGGUUCCAAGAUCAGGUGCUUCUCGCGGAGAUGGCCAAGCUGGUGAACUCGCUCGUCGGGCGCUGUGCCUGA